CGAAACGCACGCGGCGACGACCUCGAAAUAUUAACCGUUAAAACUCCGCCCACCCCCCCCAACCACCAAAAACACGACGAUCCUCCGAGGUCGAGGCUCCGCCGCCGACACCAGGGGAAGGACUGUCGGUCGGAGAAGUGCGGCCGUGAACGCCACGUCGACUAAAACAAACAAAGUAAAGCUGAAACACUUGUUUCUCUCUUUCUUUCCUUCCGUCGGCCUGAAGCGGGCUUUUGACGCCCUGAACCAUGCUGGACCCGUCCUCCAGCGAAGACACCGGCGGGGACUCCGACCCAGAAGUUGUCCAGGAGGCUCCGAGGAAACCGGCUGCGUCCUCGGCGGGGAAACGCGGGAGCAACAGCCGGGCGGGCGGCCAGCAGCGCGGGUCCGCCGCACCUGGAGGAGCCCACGGCAAAGGUGCUAAAGACGGUAGCGCUACAGGUGAAGAGGAGGAGAGGAAGGAGCGCGAGCGGAUCCAGAAGGAGGAAGAAGAGAGAAAGAUUAAACUUCAGAUCUACGUGUUCGUCCUGCGGUGCAUAGCCUACCCGUUCAACGCGAAGCAGCCCACCGACAUGGCCCGGCGGCAGCAGAAGGUUAACAAGCAGCAGCUGCAGGCGGUGAAGGAGCGUUUCCUGGCUUUCCUCAGCGGGGAAACUCAGAUUGUGGCGGAUGAAGCUUUCUGCAACGCUGUGAGGAGCUACUACGAGGGCUUCCUGAAGAGCGAGCGCGUCUCCAGGAUGGUUCAGAGCGGCGGCUGCUCCGCCAACGACUUCCGCGAGGUCUUCAAGAAGAACAUCGAGCGACGCGUCCGAAGCCUCCCGGAGAUCGACGGCCUGAGCAAGGAGACGGUCCUCAGCUCCUGGAUCGCCAAGUACGACGCCAUCUACAGGGGGGACGAGGACAUGCGGCGUCAGCCACCGCGGGCGCACCUGAGCGUCGUGUCAGAGCUCAUCCUCAGUAAGGAGCAGCUGUACGAGAUGUUCCAGCAGAUCCUCGGCAUCCGCAAGUUUGAGCACCAGCUGCUGUACAAUGCCUGCCAGCUGGACAACGUGGACGAGCAGGCGGCUCAGAUCCGCAGAGAGCUGGACGGCAGGUUACAGCUGGCCGAGAAGAUUUCCAGGGAGAGGAGGCACCCGAAGUUCGUCUCCGCCGACAUGGAGCCUCUUUACGUGGAGGAGCUGCGCUCGGCGGUCAACCUGCUCAUGGCCAACCUGGAGAGUCUGCCGGUGUCCAAAGGAGGUCCGGACUUCAAACAGAAGCUCAAACGCUCCUCCAUCAACAACUCCUUCCUGGACAUGGGAGACGAGGGAGACAUCCUGUCCAAGUCUGACGUCGUGCUGUCCUUCACUCUGGAGAUUGUGAUCGUGGAGGUCCAGGGUCUGAGGUCUGUGGCUCCCAACCGGAUCGUUUACUGCACCAUGGAGGUGGAGGGAGGAGAAAAGCUGCAGACGGACCAAGCCGAAGCCUCCAGACCACAGUGGGGGACUCAGGGGGACUUCACCACGACUCACCCUCUGCCCUCGGUCAAAGUGAAGCUGUUCACAGAGAGCACUGGGGUCCUGGCUUUGGAGGAUAAGGAGCUGGGUCGGGUGGUCCUGAAUCCCACCACGAACGGGCCGAAGCAGGCGGAGUUCCACCGGAUGGUCGUCCCGAAGAACAGCCAGGACACAGAGCUGAAGAUCAAACUGGCCGUCCGGAUGGACAAACCCCCCAACAUGAAGCACAGCGGGUAUCUGUACGCCGUGGGCCAGAGAGUCUGGAAACGCUGGAAAAAAAGAUACUUCGUUCUCGUGCAGGUGAGUCAGUACACCUUCGCCAUGUGCAGCUACAGAGAGAAGAAGGCCGAGCCUCAGGAGCUGAUGCAGCUGGAGGGCUACACGGUGGACUACUGCGACCCUCAGCCAGGUCUGCAGGGCGGCCGGGUGUUCUUUAACGCCGUGAAGGAGGGCGACCUGGUGAUGUUUGCCUGCGACGACGAGCAGGACCGGACUCUGUGGGUCCAGGCCAUGUACCGAGCCACGGGACAGUCCUACAAACCGGUCCCGCCGCCGCAGAACAAGACUAUGAACUGCAGAGGAGGGACCCAGAAACCGGCGUCGCCCAUCAGUCUGGACCCGUCUCAGCGUCAGGGGGUGGAGGAGCUGAUCUCCGCGGCUCCGUGUCGCUUCGACCACGCCGCCCUCUUCACCGUUUUACAGAAGAGCACCCUGCAGCACCGCAUGAACGACUCCUUCUCCUGCCUGGGUUGGUUCAGCCCCGGUCAGGUGUUCGUCCUGGAUGAGUACUGCGCUCGAUACGGCGUCCGAGGCUGCCACCGUCACCUGAACUACCUGAAGGAUCUGAUGGAUUAUUCAGAGAACAACGCGCUGGUCGACCCCACGCUGCUGCACUACAGCUACGCCUUCUGCGCCUCCCACGUCCACGGAAACAGGCCUGAUGGGAUGGGCACGGUGACGGUGGAGGAGAAGGAGAGCUUUGAGGCCAUCAGGACUCGCCUCAUGGCCCUGCUGGAGAACCAGAUCACACAUUUUAGGUACUGCUUUCCCUUUGGACGACCAGAUGGGGCCCUGAAGGCGAUGCUGUCCCUGCAGGAGCGGGUUUUGAUGAAGGACAUCACGACUCCCGUUCCUGCCGAGGAGAUGAAGAAGCUGGUGCAGAGGUGUCUGGAAAAAGCAGCUCGAAUCAACUACAGCCAGCUGAUGGAAUACGCUCAGAUCAAAGUGGACGCUCAGGCCCCCCCGGAGAAAAGGCUGGAGGACAUGAUGCGACUGGGAGAACUCUGCAUCGAAGUCCUGCAGCAGAACGAAGAACAUCACUCGGAGGCUUUCUCGUGGUGGCCGGAGCUGAUGGCCGAACACGCCGAGACCUUUCUGUCUCUGUACCGAGCCGACAUGGACGGCGCUCUGCAGGUCCAGCCCGUCGACUCCUGGGACAGCUUCCCGCUAUUCCAGCUCCUCAACAACUUCCUGCGAACCGACCCUCACCUGUGCAAUGGGACAUUCCACAAACACCUGCAGGACCUGUUCGUCCCCCUGGUGGUGCGCUACAUCGACCUGAUGGAGUCGUCCAUCGCCCAGUCCAUCCACCGCGGCUUCGAGCAGGAGACCUGGCAGUCCGUCAAGUCGUUAACUAACAAUCUGGCGAGCGUUCCUCUUCCCAAAGUCCCCAGCCUCCCUCUCACGCUGCCUCAGAUGCCCAGCUUCUCGCCACCGGCGUGGAUGGGACCGCUGUGUGAGAACACUUUGCAAGGAAUAAAUCUACCUGACAUCUUUAACGGCUCGGCCACCUCAGAGGAUCUGUUCUGGAAGCUGGACGCUCUGCAGAUGUUUGUGCUGGACCUCCACUGGCCGGAGCCCGAGUUCGGCAAACAUCUGGAGCAGAGACUCAAACUGAUGGCCAGCGACAUGAUGGAGGCCUGCGUCAAGAGAACAAAAUCUGCAUUUGAUGCCAAAAUGCAGAAAGCCAGCAAGUCAACGGACUUCAGGGUGCCGCUGUCGGUCUGCACCAUGUUCAACGUGCUGAUGGAUGCCAAGAAGCAGUGCUCCAAGCUCUGCGUGCUGGACACCGGCCAGGAGAUUGACAAACAAUGGCAACAGUACCACUCCAAAAUAGACGUUCUGAUUGACGAGGCGUUCAAAGACAUGAUUUCCUCCCUCGUUUCAAAGUUCGCCGCUGUCCUGGACUGUGUCCUCUCCAAACUCUCCAGAUACGACGAAGGCACCUUCUUCUCUUCCAUCCUGUCUUUCACGAAACCGGGGAUGGACCUGGCCGACACCUACAUCACCUUCGUACGGCAGAACCAGGACAUCCUCCGAGACCGCGUCAACGACGAGCUGUACAUCGAGAAGGUGUUCGAUCAAUGGUACACCGGCUCCACCAAGGCUCUGUGUGUGUGGCUGACAGACAGACUGGACCUUCAGCUCCACAUGUACCAGCUGAAAACACUCAUCAAGAUCGUGAAGAAGACCUACCGUGACUUCAGGCUGCAGGGCGUCCUGGACGGCACGCUGAACAACAAGAGCUACGAGACCGUCUACAACCGGCUGACGGUGGAGGAGGCCACGGCGGCUGUGAAGGCGGGAGACGGCCUGCAGGGUAUCAGCAUGAGAGACAGCGACGAGGAGGACGAUUAAACGCGUGAAUCACACCUUCUGUUACUGCCGGAUGGUCGUCCUCGCUAACAGAUCAGGACCUUCCACUGAAAUGAAUGAUAUGUGUCCUCCGCUGGACUCUGCUCCACUUCACAACCAGGCUAAGGCUCAACACAUGUACAACAAGAUCGCCGCCAAUGAAAAGAACCACAUUAUGCUAACGUUAGCUAGUGUGCCAUGUUGUGGGUGUAUGCUCUCCACUGAAGGAGCUUUGAAGGGGUUUUAGUUUGGGGGCAAUUUAAGAAUCGCUUCACCUUUACAGGGACAAAGCAAACAAGGGAGGAAAAUGUUUAUUAUCACUUCUCUUCUCAUCUCGAGGUCGACAUGGAGGCCUGAUGCAAACAUUGGGUCGCUAGCCAGCAACAUUUAGCUCACUCAUUAUCUGCAGAUGAUCACAAUAUAUAAACUAAAACUGGAGUUGACUAAUGUAAUUUAAUCUUAAUGAACUCAUGUGGAGACCUGGCACCCGGGCAAGCAGCCAUGUUCUGCUCAACAACAGGACAAAUUAUGCUAACAUCAGCUAGCAAGCCAUGUUGUUAAUGCAGCUUCUCUAUCAAACUCCACUUUGCAGCUUUCACGAAAUAAAACUUAUGAUUGGAGCUGGUGCUGCUGUCAAUAAAUGUCUUCAAAUAAGAAACAAAUAGAAAGAAGAACUAGAACGCUGGUUUUUGGGCCGAAUAGCCGUUGAACAGCUGUGCUAAUGUUAGCUAGUGAAUCAUGUUGUUAAUGUGUUUUCUGCUAAACCCUACGAAUUAAAGAAUUAGAAUUAAGACAAAAAGGGUCAAAACUUGAUGAAGAUACACGAGUCCAGUUAUAUCGUGAAUUGAAUUGUUACCCCCCCAUUAUGGAUUUAACAUUACGUAAGCUGGCUGACGUUAGCUUAAUGGCUAAUAUUAUCAUGCUACCUAAGAAGCAACAUAUUAAUUCAGAGAGCUGUUACUACAGGACUACAGUUAGGUGAUGAUGGAGAAAUGAUUUGAUGUUUUCGUCAUUGCUGUGGUCAUUUAUUACAGUUACAGUGGUCGUAUCAGAUAUAUAUAUAUAUAAUGUAGUUCAGCAGUUCAGUAGCCACUCAGCUAACCAUAAAUGUAUUGACUUCUUGAUUUAGAAACAAGGUUACUGUCACUGUGGGAAAAGAAAACCGAGACUUUACUGUUUCUUCCACAAGAUAAUCUUCACAAAUUGAAGGAUAGGGCUGACAUUGUUGUGUUAUAUUUCUUCUCAAGAAAUUCCACGAAACGACCAAAAUCCAAUAAUGCUUUAGUCCGUUUCUCAAUACUUCUCUAUUGACGUCGAUAAAAAGGUGAAACCUUUUAAAACAAAUCUUAUUUCCUCUAUAAACUGAAAACUAGUUGGGGAAAAACAUUGAAAAUAAUGUGAAAGCAUAGUAUAGUGUCAUACUUUAGGACUCUUUAGGGCACACAUGCAGCAGAGGCAACACAUCAUUCAAGGUGACUGAAGGUCCUGACCAGGUAAGGACGAGCACUCAGGUAGUGACACCCCGCCCUCCUCUGACCCACCUGCCACAUGCUCAUGACCUGGACGCUGCUGUACAUACGUGUUGAAACGUACACGUUCAUGAGUGAGAAUGUAUGACAAAGAGGAAGGCGAGGCGAGGCACCCGAAGGACACGGUGCUGGGACGAAGCCCGUCCUUCCCGUCUCACCUGCAGGACAGGAAAUCCCGCCCUCCUCCGCGCGCAGCCAUACUCUAAUUGAUGUCACUUUGUACAGUCGAGCUCAGCGGCCGCCGUCGGUGCAGCUCCUUCCUGUUUUGUUUUCAUCGGGUUGAAGCUUGUUGAAAGGCGUCACUUCGUUUUACUGACUGUUUUAAUCAAAGCUGCAUCAUCCGCUGCCACGUCUUAGUUACUUUAUACCGUUGUAGUUUUAUUUUGCUGAAUAACGAACUUAUUUGAUUUGAAUGUGUGAAUCAGAUUUAGAUUUGCUAACAUCCUCAGAUACUGAAAUAUUCAUUCCAACACACAGAAAAUCAGCAGUUUCGUUUGAACACAAGCUUCCUGUAACCUCGACCGAGUAGCUUUAAUCGCCUAAAUUUAAUCUGACCUUUACCUUUGAGGCGGCAUAUUGGAAAACACGAAUGAGAUGUUUUGGUGUUCCGGCCGGAGGACUACCCACAAUGCACCAUACCUAGCUAUAUUAGCUUUUCUUUGAGCCCAGGAAACUUUAUUGAAAUCUGCUCCUGAUGUUCAGAUCUGUCUUGUGUAAAUGGAAAAGUUGGUCAGGAGUCGUGAGUAAAUUUUCUGCCCAGUAGUUUUUAAGUUAACCUGCUCUGGAUGUACAGAUCGAACCAGUACCGCCAUUCUUCAGCUCGUUCAUCGUGGACAAACCUGUGGCACUCAGUUUACAUCCAACGCCAAAGUCUCUGCACCGGAGUGUCUUUAAUGCAGCUCAGCAGACAGUAAACGGAUGGUGCGUUCAGCCAAACAAUGGAAACCACCCCGAUCUUUCCCUAAACUUCAGCUUUCAGUGUUUGACCUUCUUUAACUCGCUUCAAGGAUCGUUAUGGUGUUAUUACUGUUGUUCAUAGUCUAUCAUUUCUAUCAGUAAUAACCCAACAGUGGACUCACCAUGGUAACAGCUGAGUUCUGGGUCCAUCAGACCGUCAGCCUGGUUGAAAACAAACCUAACAGUGUAUCCAGAUGAUCUAAACCACUUUAUCUGGAGGUCAAGCUGAAAGCGAAGGCACCUGAAGCGUCGGUGAUAGCAUCUCGUUGACGACAGCUAUGUGAACUAAGUGUUUACAGCCGACAGCAGCCUGGCUCUUUGUUUCCAACCUGUUUGAUCCGACUUCCGCUGACUUCAGAAUGUGGAAUGUAAUCUGCGGUCCUGCAGAGUCCUCCGUCAAGGUUUUGUCUUGCGCUCGUGUUGAGUUUUCAGAACAAAAACAAAGAACUUCAUGGCUUCGUGUUUGACGUUCAGUGUCUCACACCUGCAGCAGAGCGACUCCAAGCUAACGAGCGGCUGCUGCAGCUUCUGAAUCUGAACCUUCUGUAGCUCAAAACGACCCCGCUGCUAAAGACGAAGGUGGAAAAAGAUGCAAAAAAAGAAAUAUUUCCUCUUUGGUUGUCACAGAAAUGGGUUUCUGGGUUCGGUGAACAGGAAAGGGAUCUACGCAAAGAGUCCGUUUCACCACGCGAGGGUUUUAAAAAGCACUCUGCGAGCAGAGAAUAAAUGUUCAGACUCACGACUACAUGUGGAUGUAGUUGUAGAUCUGCUGUCAUCUCUUUUCAUCGUGAUAUUUACUGUUGUGAGAAUAAUCUUGAGCUGUGGAGUCCAACAUCGAUCAAAGUCUUAGCAACGUGCCGACCAACUGGAACUUCGUGGACUUUUUCGACGGGAACGUCCUCGUUUUUAAUCUGAUAGAUGUGUUUAAUCUGAUCAGCUGCGAGCAGGCGAAGCGUCUCAGCGCCGCCGCUCGCUCCUUCACUUCAGUCUGUUUGCGUGUCGUCGUUGAGAAAAUACGAGUUUUACCUGUGAAUUUGGUGUCGGCCUCCGACCGCGUGCAACAACCUGCUGUUUGUUUUAACUGUCCGAUCCAGUGUGUGUCAGUGCAGUCCAACGGACGAGAACUGAAGGACAAAGCUAUAUGAAGAAGUAUAUUUAUAUUGUCUUCUUGUGCACCUGUUUUGUUCAGGUGUCUUCUCUCAGUGUCACUA